AUGAAGGUUAGCUUGGAGGGAGAGAAGGUAAUACUUGUACCAUACAUGAAAGAGCAUGUCCCAAAGUACCAUCAAUGGAUGCAAGACCCUGCUCUUCUUCAAGCCACCGGCUCUGAGCCGCUAACCCUGGAGCAGGAGUACGAGAUGCAACUGUCCUGGACCCAAGAUCCAUUGAGUAUCUCUCUCCCUGUGUAUAUGUGUUAUAUGCGUAUUUAUGGAUAUAUAUUACUGGAGCAGACUUUCAUUGUUCUGGACAAGGUAUUGGUGGUUGGAGACUUCAUGCAUGGAGAUUCGCAUGUGGAAGGUCACUUUUGA